AGACUUAAGAGCCCUAAAAGGAGUAGUAUAUACACGCAUGUUAUUUCUUUUCCACCAACAGUAGCCACACAUUCUAUUUCAAUCCACCGGGAACCAAUUUCCCUGAUAUCUCUGUUUUUCUUUUCCUUCUCUGAGAAACUUUCCAUUUAAUCAUAAAAGCUCUCAUGGCAUGGUAAACUCUUGUCUGGGUAAGGCCAAGGCCUAGGAAGAUGACGAGGGAGUGGAAUGCGUGCCAAGAUGAGUUAACGGCUGAAACGCACGGAAACGCAGGGGGUGGGGAGUUUCCCCGUUCCGGAAACGUUCCAACGUUUCCGAGCGCAGGAAACACGCGAUACGCGGAUCUGGGCCGUUUCCCAAUUUUGUAAAUUUUGGAAACGCGUUUCCAAAAUUUUAAACGCAUAUCCGAUCAAUUUUAGGGCCUGCUCAAACGGAACAAUCAAACCUUUUAUCUUCCGCUCUUCGUUCUUCAACCCUAAGGCCUACGAGUACGCAGUCUUCCUUCCAUCCGCAGUCCGCAGAGUUCACCGGCUUCUCCAAAGGGCAAAGCCGCAAAGAUCGUCCACUCGUCCGCAAGCUUCCGUUCAGUGAUGGAGGACAGUGUUAAUAAUACGCCAAUGCCACAAUUUAAAGAGGAUGUAAGUAGUCCUUUGUGGCAAUUUGUUAAAAGACUCCAAAAAACUGGUGAUGGAGGUGGCAAUGUGAAAUGGAUUUGCAACUUUUAUGGUAGCCAAAAACAGGGGACAUACACUAUAGUGAGAGCUCAUUUACUCAAACUGCCUUCAAAAGGGAUUGCUGUAUGUCCAAAGGUUGGGCCGGAGAGCAUUUUAGAUAUCAAAAAGCUUGAAGAAGAUGCUGCAAAGCAAAUUGCUGGUUCACAACCUAAGCGAGUAUCUUUGCCUAGUAGUAGCACGCAAAGCAGCUCAACAUAUUUAUCGAUAAAUGAACCAAGUCGUUUAGAGAUGUUGAAAAGUAGAAGAGUCGAUGACUCGCCCAUUUCCAAAGCUUUUGAUUUGCAAACUAGGAAUCAGCUAGACGAAGAGAUUGUAAGGAUGUUCUUCACCGGAGGUAUUCCUUUCAAUUUUGCAAGAAAUCCAUAUUAUAUUAGCUCAUAUACUUUUGCUGCUAAUCAUAAUUUGGGUGGAUAUAUACCUCCUGGUUAUAAUAAGUUGAGAACUACAUUACUUCAACGGGAGAAAGCACAUGUGAAGAUGUCCUUGCAACCUAUAAAAAGCACUUGGUACGAAAAAGGUGUGACCAUAGUUAGUGACGGAUGGAGUGAUCCACAAAGGAGGCCACUAAUUAAUGUGAUGGUUGUUUGUGAAGCUGGCCCAAUGUUUAUCAAAGUUUUCGAUUGUUCAGGGGAGGUAAAAGAUAAGCAUUUCAUUGCUAAUAUAUUGACAGAUGUUAUUAAUGAGAUUGGUGAUCACAAAGUCAUUCAAGUAAUCACCGAUAAUGCUAGAAAUUGCAAGGCAGCUGGAGAAAUUAUUGAAGGUCUAUUUCUGCAUAAUUAUUGGACUCCUUGUGUUGUUCACACUCUUAACCUUGCCUUAAAGAACAUCUGUGCGGCAAAAUAUGUGUUAACAAAUGCAGAAACGUAUGAAGAGUGUCAUUGGAUCACAGAAGUUCAUGGAGAUGCGGUGCACAUCAAAAAUUUCAUAAUGAACCAUUCCAUGAGGCUUUCUAUGUUCUGCCGAUUUAGCACUUUGAAGUUGCUUUCAGUAGCUGAUACUCGUUUUGCUUCUAUUAUUGUCAUGCUUAAGAGGUUUAAACUUUUGAGACGUGCUUUAGAAGCAAUGGUUUGGAGUGAUGAAUGGGCAGAAUAUCGAGAUGAUGAUCAAGGAAAGGCUAAAUUUGUGCGAGAAAAGAUUUUAGAUGAAGGUUGGUGGGAGAAGGUUGAUUACAUAUUGCAGUUCACUGGGCCUAUGUAUGAUAUGAUUAGAAUUUGUGAUACUGACAAACCAUGCCUCCAUUUGGUUUACGAGAUGUGGGACUCAAUGAUUGAAAAUGUGAGAAUGACUAUCUUUGCGCAUGAAGGAAAAACAUAUGUUGAAUAUUCUCCCUUUUACUAUGUUGUUCAUCACAUUCUAGUUGAACGUUGGACGAAGAACAACACCCCGCUUCAUUGCUUAGCUCAUUCCUUAAAUCCGCGGUAUUAUAGCGAUCAAUGGAUCCAGGAAGGAGUUGGGAUAUCACCUCCACAUAUGGAUAAUGAACUUUCAUUAGAGAGAAAUAAGUGUUUUAGGCGAAUUUUUCCUUCUGAAGAGCGUGUUAAGGCUAUUGAUGAAUAUUCUAAUUUCUCUUUGAAGAUUGGUCCGUUUAGCGACCCAGAUUGUAUUGCUGCUAUGUGUGAUACAGAUCCUAGAAAGUGGUGGGCAGUGUAUGGAUCAGGUGCACAAUUACUCCAAAAAUAGGCAUUUAAAGUGCUUGGACAACCUAGCUCUUCAUCCUGUUGUGAACGAAAUUGGAGUACUUAUUCUUUUAUCCAUUCAUUAAGACGGAACAAAUUAAAUCCGAAGCGUGCAGAAGAUUUGGUGUUCAUUCACAAUAAUCUACGCUUACUUUCAAAAAUUCUGCCCAGUAUGAAGAUGAGAACACUAAGAUGUGGGAUGUUGGUGGGGAUCAAUUUGCAAGCUUGGAAGAUGUUGGUGUUCUUGAGUUUGCAAAUCUAUCACUGGAUGAACUUGAUCUUGAACGUGUCUUUUUUAAUGAAGAUGUUGAUCCCGUGGAAGAUGCCUCCACUACAAUGUGGUUAUCACAUUUGGUGGUAUGAACAUUCCAGAACACAAGGCACACAUGCAGAGCCGUGACUUAUGUAAGGCUGGAGAGGCUUGGGCCUCAGGACCCAAAAGAUUUGUAAAAAUUAGGGGCCCAAAAUUUUAUAUGUAUUAGUAUUAUACAUAUGUAUUUUCUACUUAUUUUUUAUUUUUCCUUUUAGUAUUAUCAAUAUUGCAAUUAUGAAUAUUGCAAUUAUGAAAUUCUGAAAUGCUUUGUUGUUUUUAAUUUAGUGUUAUCAAUAUUGCAAUUAUGAAAUUCUCAAUUCACAUUAAUUAAAUUAAAUGCUUUGUAUUUUAUAGUGAAAAUUACUAAUAUAUAUUGUUAAGGAUUCCACUCAA